AGUUCACCAUAGAUUUUCACAGUGAACGGACGUGUUACAAUGCAACGAAAUCGCAUUGAAAGGACAGCGUCUAAACGAUGGCGAGGUUCUGUGCGACGAGUGAUUGCUUCAUCUGUUUACAAUCUUUCCUGUUUCACCCACGGCUGCAGUACAGGUUGGGUAUCAGGAGUACUAGGGAAUGAGGCGUUGACAGGAGGUGCGUGGCUCGCGGCACUGCCUUGCCUCGUGGCGUUGCCCGCGGCACCGAUGUUCGCGGUGCUUGCUGAUGUGAAAGGGCGCAAGGCUGGCGCGCUCUGUAUAGGUCUUAGUUUUAUUAUAAGCUGGUCACUCGCGGCAUGGUGCGGCGCGCGGGGGGUGUGGGUCGCGCGGGUGGCGGCGGGCGCGGGGGGCGCGGGGGCUCUGGCGCUGGCGCCGCUGUAUUGCGCGGAGAUAGCGCCCAGGACGAGGGGGCUGGCUGCUAUGCCGGCUUUGGCUUGCAGUUGCGGCAUACUUUUCGCGUAUUUCGCGGGCGGGAUGCUGUCAGCUCACGCUUUGUCGUUAUCAAUGGCAGUGCCGCCCCUCCUGCUGUUGAUAUCGUUGCUAUGGUUACCAGAGACGCCAUCAUUCCUUAUCAAUGCUGGCAAGAUACAGGAAGCGGCGAAAGUGAUGUGCUGGUUCGACGGAUCCGACUUCCGGGAGGACCUCACUGACGUCAUCGAGCAACAAGAGGUGCGCAUCCGGACGUCCGACAGCUACGGGCGCCGUGACGUCAUGCGCUACGACUCCGACACCUUCCAGCCGAUGCUGAAGAGGGGGAGCGGCUUGGAGUCCACGUCGGAUAAGAGAAGUGAACGGAGUGAGAAGUCCGCUUGUAGGGAAUUGUUCCGGCAGCGCGGGUCGCGGCGCGCGCUGGCGUCGUGCCUGGUGGUGGUGGGCGCGGCGGCCGGCAGCGGCGCGGGCGCCGUCAACAGCUUCGCCGCGGCCGUGCUGCGCCACUCCGCGCACCGCCUGCCCGCGCUCAACGCCACCGCCUACAAUUUCUCCAUUUACAAUGGGACCUUACCGCGCCAUCUUUUUGAAACGUCAGAAGCUGGAUCGAUGCUGUGCGGAACCGCUUUGGUGCUGGGAGCCGCUGUAGCCACCGUCACAGUCGAUAAAGUUGGUCGAAAGACCUUACUACUCUGGUCGUGUUCCGGCAUUGCGUUCUGCCUUGCCAUUCUGGGCGUCUACUGCGACCCACACUUCCAAAUAAACUUCUAUAAGCACCGCUUACCCUACAAGAAGAUAACCAAAGACAAAAGUAUCAGAGAAAGGAUAGACCUUCCAGAUAACUUAACAUUAUACAAUGAUUCAUUCACCAAUGACACAAAAGCCUGGUACAGGAUUGGUCUAGAGUCUAAUAGCACAGAGGAUUGGAAAUCCGUCAAAUUCGAACACAGCGUAGAGAAAGAAGAGUUGUCAAUAUGGCUGCCGGUUGUCCUUCUAUCUGUGGUAUUGUUCUUAUACAAUAUAGGCCUUGGAUCAGUGCCUUAUGUGUUGAUAUCGGAACUAUUUAUAGUUAAUGUUAGAAGCCUUGCAUCAAGCUUCCUCAUCACGUGGAUGUGGCUCAGUAACUUCCUGGUCCUCCGAUACUACGGAACCAUCGCUUUCUCCCUCGGCCUCCACGCCACAUACUACAUCUGUUCAUCCAUCACCCUCCUGGGAGCUGGGUACAUUUAUCUUACUCUGCCAGAGACUAAAGGGAAAUCACAGAGUCAAAUCGAGGAUUCUCUCAGUGGUCCCUGGUUGUUACCUUUGGGAAGGAAGAAAAACGAUCGAUGACAUACACCAGAAGUAUUUACUAUCUCAGAGAGAAGUGAAUAGAUGCAGAAAUUCGGCUUAGAUUGUGUUAUCGAUUCGGGAUUAUUAGUCCAAAAAUGUUCAGAGAUUAGACAGGAAAAAAGCUGUGAGUUUUGCGGUGUAUCUGUAAGUGUAAUUGUGGAAUAUAAGCCAAAUAAAUUAAUUACCCAAGCAACAAUUUAAAAGAGCACCGAAAAUAUGGUGAACGUACAAAGGUGUACAAAUGGUAGGUACAAAAGAAAAAGAAUAUCAGGCUCACGUUAGUCGUAGUCAUUUAAGAAUUACUAUUGCCAUUGUUUAUGAAUACAUAUAUAGUAAUGGGAAAUGGAAGUUAGUAAAGUUAGCAGAGUUUAGGAGAAGUGGGAGCAGUAUUUCAGACAAUGUAUUCCAUCUCGUAAAUUAAGCUCUUUAAAGCAAUUAGGAAAUGAAAGGAAAUUAUGAGAAGGUCGCAUAAUGUAGCGUUUUCUGGAAACUUCCAGUACCCAUUUUAAAAGUGAUCCAACUCAGGAUUUGUCCCUAAUAAAUACCUUGUUCUGAAUAUUAAAGGAAUUGAUUAUAUUCAACAUAGAAACGUGCUACAAUCAGGUAUAUUACCAAGAUAUUAUCAGAUUGCCUGUGAUUUGUUUUUCCCUUUAUUCUGAAUAGAAUCCCAAUUAGCCAAACAGAGGGAAAGAGAAUAAUUAGAAGGACAGUUUGGAUUAUUUGCGUUCCUACAAAAGACGUUUAACCGUCUACUAGUCAAUUAAAUGUUCGUUAUAUAAUACAGAUUACAGAGGCAUUUGUCAAUUGCAAAGAGACAUUUCUUGCAAUUUUAUCAUAGUUAAAUAAGAUUUUAUGCCAGGGCUGUCAUAAAUAUUGAAUUUUAGUGUUCAACAGUGGGUUUUUACCCACUAUCCUACAUAACAAAUUGUUUUUAUUGAAACACCUACUCCAUAGAGAAGUGCCCUUGAAAGGCCUGACUUUUUUGCAGAGCCUCGAAAUCAGAAGAUUUGUUUCCAUGACCGCGAAGGAUCCAUAGAUCAACAAUUAAAUAACCAUUAAGUCUUUUUUAACAGAUUUCCAAAACUUCCGAUAGUGUAAACUGAUUUUUGUUACUCGUUUUUCUUUGAAAGAC